AGGAGCGAGCAGACGCGUAAGAGUGGCUCCUGUGGGCAGCACGUACUUGAACAACCAGACUCAUUGUAGACGUGUUCCAGAACUUACGGAAGUACCCACGAUGGACCCCAGAUGCACCAUGGGCUUGGCAAUCCUUAUCUUUGUGACAGUCUUGCUGAUCUCAGAUGCUGUUUCCGUGGAGACGCAAGCUUAUUUCAAUGGGACUGCGUAUCUGCCGUGCCCAUUUACAAAGGCUCAAAACAUAAGCCUGAGUGAGCUGGUAGUAUUUUGGCAGGACCAGCAAAAGUUGGUUCUGUACGAGCACUAUUUGGGCACCGAGAAACUUGAUAGUGUGAAUGCCAAGUACUUGGGCCGCACGAGCUUUGACAGGGACAACUGGACUCUACGCCUUCACAAUGUUCAGAUCAAGGACAUGGGCUCGUACGAUUGUUUUAUACAAAAGAAGCCACCCACAGGAUCAAUUAUCCUCCAACAGACAUUAACAGAGCUGUCAGUGAUCGCCAACUUCAGUGAACCUGAAAUAAAACUGGCUCAGAAUGUAACAAGAACUUCUGGCAUAAAUUUGACCUGCACGUCUAAGCAAGGUCACCCGAAACCUAAGAAGAUGUAUUUUCUGAUAACUAAUUCAACUAUUGAGCAUGGUGAUAACAUGCAGAUAUCACAAGAUAAUGUCACAGAACUGUUCAGUAUCUCCAACAGCCUCUCUCAUCCAUUCCCGGAUGGUGUGGGGCAUAUGACCGUUGUGUGUGUUCUGGAAACGGAGUCAAUGAAGAUUUCCUCCAAACCUCGCAAUUUCACUCUUCCAGAGUUACCAUCUGUUGGAAAGAAUUGGAUACAGAUUAGAGCUAUCAUUAUAACGCUUGUCUUUGUGCUGCUGUUCACAAUCAUAGUGGCAAGAAUAUAUUGCAAGAAGCAGAACCAGCCUAUCAGGCCCAGCAACACAACCUGUAUGUCAGAGCAGGAUGGUAACGCUGGCAGAGAGUCUAUCAACCUGGAGGAACUUGGACCCCAAGUUGCAUCAGCAAAACCAAAUGCAGAGUGAAGGCAGCGAGAGCCUGAGGAAAGAGUUAAAAAUCGCUGUGCCUGAAAUAAAAAGUGCAGAGUUGCUUACAAUUCAAAAGUGUUCUCAGCUGACUGGAAUUCUACAGUUGAAUAAUUAAAGAACAAAAUACACAGUAGUGUCCAUAUUUUAUCCUGUUUCCUUUCCAAGUUUUGGGCAAUGUCAAUUGUGUCCCCUAUGCCAGGAGCAGACAUCUAUUUUGUCUUGCUUUGUUUAACUCAGUGCACACUCAUAGGCCAAGUGCACUAAAAUGGCUUCUCUCCCAGGAAUAACAUUUUGGAUCAAUCUCUCCUACUUGAGAUCAGAUUCUUCUUCUAAUUUUGCAUAGUGUGUUUUUAUAUGGAACUCCUUGUUGUAAGAAUACUGGCUUUUCUCUGUCUUGCACACUUGCAUACUUAUAUACUUAUACCUGGACAGCUACCUCUUCAGUCAGGAUGGGAGUGGUGUAUUUGGUGAUGUUAUUUGAUGUGUUCGUGUUGCUAUCUUAAAAUAGCAAAGAACAUAUACUAUAGUAGCUCAACUACAAUGAUCUAGAGAAAGACCCAGCACUUAUAAGAAACACUGUCCCUCCAUCAGGGUCAAUAAUGAAUACAAUGACCUAAGUAAUAUACAGGUGACAGCACAGAGUUCUCAGUGUUGGCAAAUCAAGAAACACAAAUAUGGAACCAUCUCUAGAUCCAAGAGCCACUCCUACCUGGGCUGCCACAGAUACUGGAAGAAUCCACCUGCCUGGCCAGCAAGUCACAACUUAGCAGGCAGCACUGAAGAAAGCAAGAUGUACUGUAUGCCCUUUUAAGAAAAUGCCUGGAAAGGUCUGGAGACUGCUGUGCAAGGAUAAGACAGCCAAGCACUCAAAACCAGGGGAAAUCACUAGAAUCCAACCAACAAAUGUUUAUGGAAGGACUGAUCUGCCCAGUCCAUUGAAAAGUCAAGAGGCCAGAGCUAGACCAGUGUGUCUCAAUGGAUGUAGAUAUCAGCCACCUCGGUGCUCUGUUUCAAAUUCAUCUAGAUGUAGAGCUAGGGAGAGAGCAGUCACAUUGAUGAAAGGCUAGGACGAUUUCAGCUCAUGGCUUGUGUGGAAGGAGGGAAAGCAGAAAUCACAACACUCUGAGACUGUGGCUUGGCCUUUCAAAGAAGGACAAAAAGCAACUAAUGCUGAAAGCACAUAGUGUAUCUAUACAGCAUGGAGUCGUCAUCACCCAAACUUAAAGAGAACUUUGGCAGGUCUGAGCAGCAAAAUAUUGUUCUUUCCAUUUUACAUAAAGGGCCCUGGGGGGCUAUAGACUGUUCCGCUGGCAGGGCUCAUGCUUGUAAUGUGUCCAUCUUGAUUCACCCUGUGCAGACUCUUAAGAUCUGGCCAGUUACUAACAUGUUCUGU